AUGAAAUUAGACAACCUGAAUAAUCUUUCUAAAUUAAAACUUGCUGAUAUACCAAAGUUUACUAAAUGCCCAUGUGAACUUUGUGAUGAUGGUUGUUUUGAAAAAUGUGGUAAUGAACAUUAUCCAGGAUGUAAAAAUCGAUUAGAACCACGAUCAAAAUUAUCUCUUGCUGCUCGUUGUCCACUUUCACAUUAUCAAGGAACAUUUGUAGCACCAACAGAGAAUCAUCGUCGUGAAUUGUGUCCACCUGUACCUGAUAAUGAAAUACCUACAUCGUUUAUCAAUGUACCUAUGUCUACUAUUAAUACUCAAAAAGAACAUUAUCCACCACCACCAGCAGGCACUCAUAAACCAAAGCCAGUAUCACCAGCUAAACAAAGCGAUAAAUAUAUUGUAUCAGGUGGUAAUCAUCCAAUGGAAACUCAAACUCAUUAUACAACUGAAUAUAUUGAAAAACCUGUUGGAUCAGUAGUACAUCGUACAGCAAAAGAUGUAGUUAAAGGAACUCAAGUCAAUAUAACUGAUCCAUCAGCAGCUAUUUCAUCGAAAACAACAUCUCGUGCUCAUUUUAAACAAUGGCAACCAGUACCGGUACAAUCAUAUACUGAAAUGCCAGCAUUAGCUGGUCAUGUUGUUUUUCCUAAUUCAAAUCGUACUUUUGAUACAACAAGUGGACGUACAUUUGUACAAUAUUCUAAUAUUUCACAAGCAAAACCAUUUCUUCGACCUGAAGUUAAUGAAAAUCUUCGAACAACUGGUACAAUGGAUUUACAUACAAAUUAUCGACAAGAUUAUGCUACACCGAAAUUAUCAGCAACAAGAAGUGCUCCGAUAAAAACAACAGCUACAUCACAUGAAGAAAAAAUUUAUACACGUCGUCCUAUGAAUGGAAUUUCACAAACAACCCAUGAUUUUCGUCCUCAUUCAUAUCAACGACGAACACCAUUAAUUGAUAAUGAACCAUUUCAAUCACAAAUUAAUAUAGGAGAUUUAUUUUCAUCAGUAACGAAAGAUACUCAAUAUCGUGUUGAUUAUCCAGGUUAUGAUGCAAAAUAUCAUCAUCGACCACCUCCUGCAGGACCACAAAAUCGAGUUUAUGCAAUUCCAACUGAAAAAAUGGAUUCUUUAACAGUGACACAACGAGAUUUUCAACCGCUUGAUGUAACUGCAUUACCACGUCUUCGCGGUCAACCAACAAAAACGAAUUUAUCUGUAAAAGAUCAAACAGGUCCAAUGGAAAGUGUAACUAUGUCUCGCUAUCAUUAUCGACCUUAUAAACCUGAAACAACUAGACGACGUUAUGGUGAUCCACAUCCUAGUGUUUAUAUCCCACUAAAAGAUAAAUUUGAAGGAACAACAACAACAGGCGAUGCAUUUCAAGGAAGAUUAGGUAGAGCAGCUGAACCUUGUAUACCUGAAGUAAGAACAGUUAAUAAUAAGGGUAAACAUGAUCAUAAUACAAAUUAUCGAAUGGAUUAUCAUUCACAUGGUCUUAGUUUAUGUGCAUCCAAAGCAUUUACAAUUGCUCAAAAUAAUGAAACAAAUCCAACACCUAUAUCAACUAAAUAA